CCUACUGUUGCAGGGAGCUUGAAGGCGCUGACAUACUGUCAGACACAUAUUACUCUAACGAACUGCACACUCCGUUGCAAACAGCUACUCGCCCAACUGCCUCAGCGGACAGACCUCAUCCACACGGAGCAUUUGUGAGCUUGGAAAACUUCACUGAUCAGUUAGGUGUCAGAAGGAAGAAGAAUCACAUCACACCAUACAAAGUAACUUGAAGCCCCUUAUUAGCCAUAGCUUCCAUAUUCUUAAAAGUUCUUUAGCUUGGCUGUCACCAGGAUUCGCUCGCUGGCUUUUCACCCGACAAUGAUUCCCCCAGGAAUCCUUCCUUCGGAAAGAAAUCCUGUUGAUCCUGCAAGGUGCCGGGGAGUAUACUACCAAUCCUAGACUACUUAAAUCCAAGGUAUCAUGAAUUAAGGGAGUCGCUCCAACAAUGUAGGCUUCCAUGGGGUGCUGACAGGGAAUAUGGUGGGAUGAUACCCAUUUCACUCCCUGAAGAACACAGGCCAAAAUGUGGACUUCCUCAUGUCAUGGGCAAGGGACAUCAGCACUAUGGAUUUGGUGGAGAUAACUGGCCAAAAAGGCUUCCUAUUGAACAAUUCUAUUAUUUGACACAGAACAAAAAAAGUGACAUCUACGAAAAUGAUUCUUUGAUGCCCAAACCACCUAAUUCAACAGUAGGCGAAAUCUGCUCCCCGUAUCCAGUUGAACACCCCUACCACACACACAUUCCUCGCGGUGCCAUGUUCCCGACCUUCACGUCACCUAAGGACCGCUACACUGGCGUCAGAGCCCGAGGCCAGCGGCCAUUUCCUCCCACGGUGCCGACCAAGCCUUAUGAUACAACAGUUCUGAAGACAAGAGGUAAUCCAUACAGAUACGAACUGCUUGAUUUUCCCAUGGAUUCAAAGAAGAAAGCCUUGAUGUGGCCAGGACAGGAUGUAUAUUAUGACUUUCCUAAAUGUGUUGAGAAAAACAAGCCAGUGUUUUACCCCAAACCUCCUAAAACCUUCGCUCCUAACACUUCUUUAAAGUCAUGGGAUCCUAUUAACUCUCUAAAAGAAGCCAAUAUACAGAGAAAUCUUGAGAGGUCCCACUGGAUCAGUUCAUACACUCAUGAUUUUACAGGUCUGGGGCCCAUGAACCCCCUUGAACUGGAUGAUUACCAUGAAAAGGAGAUAGCAGAGUUAACUGGACAGAUAACAUUUGACCCAGAGCCUGUAGAAAAGUUCCAUUCUGUCUUUAAACCCUGCAGACCCUUGGAAGGACGAAUUGCUCGACUGGUUCAGAACCGACGUCCUCUGGAGUCUACUGUCCAGCAAAGACCACCUUCCUGUCCCGACUGUACCCCUAGAGUUUUGUGUAACUUUCAUACCUUCAUACCCAGUUCUACAGAAUUGAUGGCAAUUUGUGAUAACACACCAGCAAGUAAGACCCAUAAAUACCAGGAAAUUGAAGACAAGAUUAAGGACGAACAAAGCUUGUUUUCCACCUAUGCACGCCCACCUUAUUGUUACUCAGUGAAAGAUCUGACUAAUACCGAUGACAUACAACUAUUUCCAAAAAUCACAGAUACUAGAAAGAUAGAAGAUUUGUACUGGAGACAGCUGUCAUUAAAACACCCUCCUUUUCCUUACUGCAACCCAAACCAUUACAUUCAAUAUGAACAUCUUAAAUCUGCCUUACAUGACCCAUAUGCUAUAUGUCAAAACCCUGUUAGCUUUAGUAAGCCUAGAUUUUUACAAAAUAAACCUGACUUGGAAGCUUUUGAUAUAGAACAUUUUUUAAGCAAGCCAGAAGAACAGAUGACCUUGAACACAGAAAACGAUGAAGAAACAAGAUCUCUUCUGGGUUGGAUUCCUAGAGCUGGAGUGGCCAAGCCUCACAACAACCUGCUGGAACUUAAGAACUCUUUUUCAAAAACUAGUGCACAAAAACGUUUCCAUAAAUCAAUUCUAGAAGACCCUAAAGACCUCAGGGAUAAGGUGCAUUCAGGGAUGAGACACCAAUUCUAUGACCAUAAUUCCUAUUAUUUCUAUAACUAAGAUAUUCAUCUUUCCCUCCAAAACCCAGCCUCUUGCAAGAAAAGUAUAAUAGAAUUUCUUCCUUGUUGCUGGAUUCUGUUUUAUAGAGGAGCCAUAAUGACCUUGUUAAUGAGGAUUAUGUUUUCAGGAAUUUAAGUUAGGAUCUGAUCAGAGGAACUCAGAAAAGGUGAUGUUUUGACUUCUUGAGAAGUUUAACAGUUUGGCAAUAAAAUAUUAGAACCAGAAAAACUAUAGUCUUUAAUCUCAUUUUCAAAUUAUAUUCCAAGGAAUUUUCUAAAACAAUGUGUAUGACAAAAUUUACAUUAUUGUUUUUAAAAAAUGAGUAUCUGGGAAAAAAAACCCUCAAAUGCCCAAUAAUUGACAGAUGUCUAUACAAAUUA